GUGAAGGUUGUCAAUGCAAUAGCCACAAAAUCCAAUAUUCACCAUAUUCUUGAACCAAAUUAACAAGCAAGGCUAGUGUACUCUACUUGCAGCCUGAAGCUACUAGCAAGCAUCGUAUAGGAAGAUGGAGAAGAACAAAGUUGAUGAAAAUCCUGAAGAAUUUAACUAUGAGAUGAAAUGGGUUCGUGAUUCUUCAUUGGAUCACAAAGGAAGAGUUCCUCUCCGAGCUUCAACUGGUUCUUGGAAAGCUUCUCUCUUCAUCAUUGCAAUUGAGUUUAGUGAGAGAUUGAGCUACUUUGGAAUAGCUACUAGCUUGGUCAUUUACCUUACGAAAGUUCUUCAUCAAGACCUUAAGACAGCAGUUAAAAAUGUGAACUAUUGGUCUGGUGUCACCACCUUGAUACCAUUGUUAGGAGGAUUCCUAGCUGAUGCUUACUUAGGCCGUUACACCGCUGUGAUAGCAUCAUGCAUUGUUUAUCUCAUGCAGGGUUUGGUUCUGCUUUCUUUGUCAUGGUUCUUACCAGGUUUCAAACCUUGUGAUCAUCCCAGUACAUGCACCGAACCUAGGAGGAUUCAUGAGGUGGUUUUCUUCCUAGGCAUCUAUUUAAUAUCCGUAGGAACUGGGGGCCAUAAACCUUCCUUGGAGAGCUUUGGCGCCGAUCAAUUUGAUGAUAAUAAUGCCAAAGAAAGAAGUCAGAAAAUGUCCUUUUUCAACUGGUGGAACAGUGGUUUGUGUAGUGGAAUCAUUCUAGGAGUGACUGUGAUUGUGUAUGUUCAAGACCAUGUCAAUUGGGGGGUUGCUGAUAUCGUCCUCACAGGGGUCAUGGCUGUCUCAUUGCUCAUAUUCUUGAUUGGAAGGUCUUCUUAUCGUUACAGGACACCAAUUGGGAGCCCCUUGACUCCUAUGUUGCAAGUUAUUGUUGCUGCUAUUUCCAAAAGAAAGCUUCCAUAUCCUUCCAAUCCAACUCAAUUGUAUGAAGUUUCCAAGUCUGAGGGCAACAGUGAAAGAUUUCUGGCUCACACCAAGAAACUCAAAUUUCUUGACAAGGCAGCAAUCCUUGAAAAUGAAGGGAACAUAGCAGAGAAACAGAGUCCAUGGAGACUUGCAACAGUAACCAAGGUUGAAGAACUGAAGCUUAUCAUCAACAUGAUCCCCAUUUGGGUGUUCACAUUACCAUUUGGAAUCUGUGCUUCCCAAACCUCCACUUUCUUCAUCAAACAAGGUGCCAUCAUGAACAGAAAUAUAGGCAAUAAUGGAUUUGUGGUUCCCCCAGCUUCAAUUUUCACUCUUGCAGCCGUUGGGAUGAUACUUUCAGUGACCAUCUAUGACAAGCUCCUUGUGCCAGUGCUAAGAAAACUAACAGGAAAUGACAGAGGAAUCAGCAUCCUCCAAAGGAUUGGUAUUGGAAUGGUCUUCUCAGUCAUCACAAUGAUAGUGGCAGCUUUGGUGGAAAAAAAGAGGCUUGAGGCAGUUGAAAUGAAUGGCCCAUUAAAGGGUUCUUUGUCCAUGAGUGCCCUUUGGUUGGCCCCACAAUUUAUGAUCAUUGGAUUUGGUGAUGGGUUUGCUCUUGUGGGCUUGCAAGAGUAUUUCUAUGACCAAGUGCCUGACUCAAUGAGAAGCCUUGGAAUAGCACUUUACCUUAGUGUCAUUGGGGCUGCAAGUUUUCUUAGUAGUUUAUUAAUAACAAUUGUGGAUCAUGUCACUGGUAAGAUUGGGAAGAGUUGGAUUGGUAAGGAUUUGAAUAGUAGCCGCUUGGACAAAUUUUACUGGCUUCUUGCAGCCAUCACCACAUUGAACUUGUUCAUGUUUGUGAUCUUUGCUCGCAAGUAUAACUACAAGAAUGUGCAAAAGGUGGCAGCGGCUGAUUGCUACGAAGGCAAAAGUGAGGAUGAUGGAUCAGAGACUUGGGUUUGAGUUGGUGGAAUUCAGUUCUAUGCAGCUUAAUUGGCAAAAGGUUUCAUCUUCUGAUUAUCAAAAUAUAUAUAUAUUUUUCUACUAUUAGAAUCCUUAAGUUUUAUCCUUAGCAAAGCGUUGAUAACUUGUGCUCCUAACCAAGAGUUUUUGUUUGGUUUAGUUGUUUAUGGUGUCCAUGUAAUAUGACAAUAAAAUUAUGUAUGCGAUUGUCAUUUCAAAAGGAGUCAUUCAUGUUUUCAUCUUAUUA